AUGCCAAACCUUGCCAAACCCCGGGCGGCCGCAACCCCGGCCCUCACCCUCUACUCCUCCCGGACCUCCAAGUCCCCUGUGAGAGUGGGCACUGAGACCCCAGCCCCUGAGGCUCCAGGGGCCCCCCAGCGAGACAGAUACAACAACCCCCCCACUGGGGAAGCAGGCAGUGGAUUACUCAUCCCCGUCACAACAGACCCUGCAGGCAGCAGACGAGGAAACAUCCUCACAGCUCACCAAACAAGACAAAGGCAGCAUCCAAUUAGAUCUCUCAAAAAAACACCAGCCACUAAAGCUCCAUCCACUCCAUCAGAGAAUGUCCCAUCAUCCUCCCUUUCACACGAAGAGGGUAUCUCAGUAUCUGAGAGAGCUAAGACUCUGGUAGCCAGGUCUGUGUCUGUUGGGCUCACCGGGUUGGCACCAAGGGGGUCCAGGUUUAGCAGGUUCCUGAAUGACCCAACGGACCUGCAGAGGCUGGCCAAGGCCCGGAAGCUCAGAGAACUGCUGAGACAGGAGAUGAACAAGAAACUGAGGAAAGCCAAGGUGUGUUUGAGUGAAUAUAAGCUGGAUCCCUCUAAAAUGACCAUGAGCGAUCUUCUAUACUACCUGCCUGAUACCAUCCCCAUGACGUCCUAUCUGGAAGAGGAACAGAGGGAGAACCAGACUGUUCUGCCGCUCACCCACCCAAGAGAAGUCCCCUGCGAGGCCCCCAAUCCAGAGGCCCCGGCUGAGACAGCAAGCCAGAGGGAUGAAGAUGAGGAUGGUGAUGACGCUGACGAUGGGGUGAUUGUGCUGCGAGUGAGGGUGGCAGAGGACGGGUCUCUGAUCAUCGAUGAGGAGAGUUUGACGAUAGAGGUCCUGAGGCAGAAAGGGCCAAAUCCAGCUAAUGAUGGAGACCCGAUCUUUGAGCGUGGCUCCACAACCACCUACUCUAGCUUUAGGAAAGGGACACACGUCAAACCCUGGUGCAACAAAGAGACAGACAUGUUCUUCCUGGCUAUCAAUAUGGUGGGAACAGACUUCUCUAUGAUUGGACAGCUGUUUCCUCACCGCGGUCGCGUUGAGAUCAAGAACAAGUUGAAGAAAGAGGAGAGAGCAAACAGCUGGAGGAUAGACAAGGCCUUCAAGGAGAGGCGUAGGCUGGAUCUAGAGUUCUUCACUAGCCUCUUGGAGAAGAUCUUGUGCAUCAAGGCGAAGAGUAACAAAAACAACAAGUCCCCCACGGAGAAGAAAGUGAUCAAGAAAAAUAAGAGAAAACCAAAAGAAAAGAAAGCAGCGAAUCAGCUGAGUGACGUGGAGGAGGAGAGGUCUGAUCCGGAGAUGGACAGCGACGAGGUGGAGGGAGAGAAGGAGAACGUCUCUAACGUAGGGACUACACCUGCCGCUGACGCCACCACCCCCAAGAGAAAACGCAAAAGGACGGAUGGAGGAGAGUCCUCCCCUAAAAAAAAGAGGCUGCUUCAGUCACCUGCUGAAAGUUCAAAGCAAGCAGAAGGGCCAGUGGAAGGAGACAAGGGUCAUGUGGAGAUCAAACAAGUCCAGCUGUCCCGUGGUCGACCCCAGAGACCUCUCCCUAACCUGGGGAGGAAGUGGGGCCAGAGAGGCCUGCAUCCCAGGACCAAGCCUAAAGAAAAGGAUAAAGAUGGGCCCAUACCUGUGGAGGAGGAGAACACUGAAGAAGGAGUUUCUAAGGAACAGGUUGAUAAAGCUGCUUCCUCGAAAGUCAGUCAAAAGAAGAAGGAGAAAGCUGGUGAAGUUUCUUCAUCUGAGGAAGAGGAGGAAGAAGCCAAUGAUAAACCCAUCAAAUCCACCAGGUAUGGUAGAAUCCCCCAAAAGACACAGCUCCUGAAUUACCCUGCAAAUGAGGAGGGGGACUUGCCCUCUGACUCUGCCCCGGCUCCUGCCUCAAACGGAUCCCCCUCCACUUCCUCCUCAUCUGCCAAGCUGAAAGCCAAACCACCAACCAGUGGCCAAAAUCAAACCUGGCCCCGCCCUGCCAGGUAGGAAGGUCUAAUCAGCGGCCCGGACCCCCAAGCUGAUAACCCUGAGGGCAUCCCAGUCUGAAGAUGAUGAUGAGGAGGGAGGAAGAGAACAGAAAGAGGAGGCACGGGCCCAGGAGGACCACCACAAUCCCACAAGUGUCUGGGAGGAGAACCAGGUGCCAGCGUUUGUUCCUAUGAGCCUUCGCUCACCACAACUCGUCGCCACAGAGGUUGAGGAGACCAUGGAGGAGCUUGGUAUCUCCACCAAUCUGCCUGACGUCCUAGCUCUAUCCCAGGAUGCUUUCUGUCCUGACUUGUCAUGUGAUAAAGGCGCAGGGUGAGAUGGGCACAGUGCCCUGUGAACAUCAGUUGGACCAUCAUGUGCCCUGUCUUGUGUGGACAAAAUGUGUUUCCCUUUUCAUCAGGAAUAUUCAACUGGGGGUACUGCAGGGGUCCACAUAAAAUAUUAUAAAUAAA